GUCUUAUUUUUAUCGCGGUGACCUCAUCGUUUAUGGCAGCGGCAGCACAGAGUCUCCGCUUCUCUCUCAAGUCCAACUUUAGCGCCUCGGCUUUCUGUUUUUAACGAGGCUAAACUGGUACAACAAGUCAAAGUCCGUCUUUGGACCGGGCCUGGACGGAUCAGGUGCUGUUUGGACUUUGACGUCGAGUUUUCAAACGGCUGACCCAUUUCAGAAUGACGACUGGCACCGACAUGCACAAGGAUUUGGCUCAGUCUGGGAGACAAGCUGCUUCGCUGACCUGAAGUCCAGUCGUCCUGACAGCCGGACCCUGACCCGCUCCGAGUCAGGACUGCAGAGGUUUCUCCCCCCUCUCGUUCUCUCUCCCCCCGUUCUCUCUCUCUCUCUGUCUUCUGGUGUCUCUCACCCUGGGGUUUUGGGCUGCCAAGCGCCAUCAGGAUGACAUCACACUGGGCCAACACAAUGGAGCUCUUCAUCUACUAAGGUCCCUCACCAGGCUGCGUCACUGCACUGGAUCUCCGGCCCAGGACUCCCACCAGAAGGAGGGGGAGGAGGCCCUGAAGCAGGCAGGGAGGGGGGUGGGGGUGGGAGGGAGGGAGGUAGGGGAGCAGUAGAAGGCCCUGACAUGACCGAGCGUCCAGGCUACAGGUCUGGGUCCGGAAUGCUAAGGCCCGGAGCCGUGCAGCCCAUAGGGGCCGAGGCUCUGGUGGCAAUGCUGGAGGGCAAACUGGACCGGGUGGUGCUGAUCGAUAGCCGGCCCUUCGUGGACUACAACGCCUCACACAUCCUGGAGGCGGUGAACGUCAACUGCUCCAAGCUGAUGAAGAGGAGGCUGCAGCAGGACAAAGUCCAGAUCACUGAGCUGCUGCAGCACUCGGCCAAGAAGAAGUUGGAGUUGCAGGAUGAUCAGGAGGUUGUCGUUUAUGAUCAGAGCUCUUCGGACCCGGCCGCUCUCAGUUCCGAGUCCUUCCUCAGCGUCCUGCUGGUCAAACUGGAGCGGACACUGCCCUCUGUCCACCUGCUCACAGGUGGGUUCGCUGAGUUCUCUCACCUCUUCCCUGGUCUGUGUGAGGGGAAGGCUACUCUGGUUCCUUCCUGUAUCUCUCAGCCCUGUUUGCCCGUCACCAACAUCGGGCCAACCCGCAUCCUGCCGCACCUGUACCUGGGCUGCCAGCGAGACGUCCUCAAUAAGGAUCUGAUGCAGCAGAAUGACAUCGCCUACGUCCUCAACGCCAGCAACACCUGCCCCAAACCAGACUUCAUCCCAGAGUCCCACUUCCUGAGAGUCCCUGUCAACGACUCGUUCUGUGAGAAGAUUCUGCCCUGGUUGGACCGAUCCGUGGAGUUCAUAGAAAAGGCCAAAGCCUCCAACGCUCGGGUCCUGGUUCACUGUUUGGCUGGAAUCUCCAGAUCAGCUACCAUUGCCAUUGCCUACAUCAUGAAAAGGAUGGACAUGUCGCUGGACGAGGCAUACAGGUUUGUGAAGGAGAAGCGUCCGACCAUCUCCCCCAACUUUAACUUCCUGGGUCAGCUGCUGGACUUUGAGAAGAAGCUAAAAAGUCCUCAUGGUCCAGAGACUAAACUUAGGUCCCUCCACCUCCAGGAUCUGAGCAGCGAGGCCUCCAUUGAGGUGGAUGAACAGGAUGCUCUGGGCCCGGAGGCGCCCAGGGGUCCAGGCCUGGCGCUGCUGGAGCCUCUCACCCUGCCCUGUGUUCUGGCUGAUGCCCCUGACGAGCGCCUGCUGGCCCAGGCUCUGAGCGGCCUGCAGCUCCCCGACGGAACCGAGGACAGCGCCAGGCUCAAACGCUCCUUCUCCCUGGACAUCAAGUCGUAUGGUGAGGGAGGCACCUCCGCCCACCGAGCCUUCGUCCCUAAUGGCGGACCCGACUCUGCCGACUUCUACAAGGCGCCCGGAUUUAAAGAGCCGACCAGUAAACCCUGCCAGUUCUCUCCGGUGGAGGAGGUUUCGGAACAGUCCACUCCAGAGCAGAGCCCCGAUAAGGAGGAGGCUGAGGUACCAGAGCGGGCGCCACCGCCGGCCACCAGCAGCUACUCCAAACCUCGACCCACGGCUCCCGCUUGCUCACAUCAGCUAUACCGCAGCGGCAGCAUGGAGGAGAACACCACCAGCUUCCUGUUCGGCCUGUCCCGGAGCCAGCAGCACCUGCCCAGACCAGGACCCGGCGGGGCCCUGAAAGGCUGGCACUCAGACCUCCUGCUGGGACCCUCGCUGGCCGGUGGCUGGUACCUCUCCUCCGACGCCACCCGCUUCUACUCCACCUCCAUCCUGAGCGGCGGUGCCGGCUUCGCCGCAUACAGCUGCAGCCAGGGCCUGGAGGCGGUGCGGCGGCGCAGCCGGCAGAGGACGAGCGACCGCGGAGACUCGAGGAGGAGCUGGCACGAAGAGAGCAGCUUCGAGAAGCAGCUGAAACGUCGCAGCUGCCAGAUGGAGUUUGGAGACGGGAUGACGGACAGCAGGUCCAGGGAGGAGCUGGGGAAGGUGGGCAGCCAGUCCAGCUUCUCUGGCAGCAUGGAGGUCAUCGAGGUUUCCUGAGAGACGAAGUAAAAACCGCUUCUGGAGAGGAGCCUGCAACACAAUGAGCAGCACUGUUAGGAUCCAGGAUCCAGGGAGCUGGUACCAGUGGAACCACCGGAGAUACUGACUUUGAAGUGCAGUCGUUACCGCUGGUUCUGCUGUAAGGUUCUGAUGAACAAAUAGGCAAACAAGUCCAGAUGAGUGUGUGUGUGUGUGCGUGUGUGUGUGUGUGUGUGUGUGUGUGUGUGUGUGUGUGUGUGUGUGUGUGUGUGUGUGUGUGUGUGUGUGUGUGUGUGUGUGUCCACGUACAACAUUUACCGUGAACCAAAGAACCUCUGUUCCAAUGUGCUGACCGAUCCAGAGCCAUCGGCACCAUAAGGGUUCUGUGGUUCUGAGCUGCUUCAUUUCAGCCUUAUAGUGUGAAAUAAAACAGGAGCAGCUGUCUGUCAGACCCACUCAUUACAGAACUGACCCAGAUUCAACUCGGUGUCACUGACCUGUGAGUGUUGCUGCUUCUGAACGUGAUGAAAUAAGGACAAGCAACGUUUGAAUGUGUCGUCUGGUUUGUGUGUUUCUGUGGAUACUAAGCUGGAGGUGGAAGGUCUGGGUCUGAGCAGGACCUCAUCAUCAGAACCUUCACUGUGUUUUUUAGGUUUAUGAAGAUGCAGCAGAAACACUUGACGGCCGAAGCAACAGGAUGGACAGUGUGAGUAGAACAGGCUGGGACUCCGACGGCUCAGUACCCGAGUCCAACACUCACCAUCACAGACUCACGAUUAUUCUACACCGCUGUGAUUUGGAUUUGAUUCAAAGUGUGUAAAGCAGUAAAAGACAAACCAUGACUGGUCUCUG